AUGGACAUCGCAAGUGAAGACAGUUCAAGUCUCUUGGUCGUUGAGAAAUCAGAAGUGGUUCUAGUAAAACCCUCAAAGCCAACACCUCAUGUCUCUCUGUCUCUCUCCACCAUCGACAACGAUCCUUACUUGGAAAUGAUCCUCAAAACCAUAUGCGUCUACGCCCCAAAACCCUACCUUGAAGAUAAGGUCAACCACGACCCGGCUUCUCUUCUCCAAGAUGCCCUCUCUCAUGCCCUUUUCUACUACUACCCUCUCGCCGGAAAACUUCACCGGAAAUCCAAUGACUAUAGACUUGAGCUGAGUUGCAAAGACGGAGAUGGAGUCCCAUUUAUAAGUGCAACCGCCUCGUGCACCCUCGCUUCCCUCAAUUACUUGGACAGUGCUGGGGACGCAGCCUACGACCUCGUGCCUUGUUACGAACCUGUGAAGGGUUGUGAGGGAUACGACCCUCUGGCUUUUCAGGUCACCAAGUUUGCAUGUGGAGGAAUCACUAUUGGAAUGGCUCACUCGCACUCCGUCUGUGAUGGAGUUGGAAUGGCUCAGUUUUUCCGAGGAAUGAUUGAGCUUGCCUCCGGACAGAAAGAACCCAGCGUCAUCCCCGUAUGGGAUAGAGAAAGGCUCACCUAUAAUGGAAAACUAGAAGACCCUGUUGAUUUGCCGAACAUUGUAUCAUCGUUGUGUACUGACGACAUGGUCCGUGAGAUCCUGAACAUUACCCCCGAAGAUAUUAUGAAACUCAAGAAAACAAUUGCAGAGGACGAGCAAAUUACAAAUGAGAACGAGAAUGAGAACGAGAACGAGAACAAGAAAAAGGUUGUGGUCACGACUCUAGAGAUUAUUGCGGCCCAUGUUUGGAGAGCACGAUGCCGAGCCUUGAAUAUGAGUCCAGAUGAGACUAUGUACCUAGGGUUAGCCAUUGGUAUUCGAGGCAUUAUAGAGCCGCCAUUACCACAAGGCUACUACGGCAAUGCAUUUCUCAGCGGCUUCGUGGCAUCGACAGCUAGCGAACUGAACAAAUCGUCAUUGUCUCAUGUCGUGAGCCUCAUUAAAGAUAUGAAGAGAGCAGCGCUAGACAAGCAGUACGUGUUGGGACAACUUAGCGAGAUUGAGACAAGAGUGAAGGCAUCGACUGAGAGCAUCGGCAUAGGAUCCAUGAUGCUCUCGGAUUGGAGGCAAAUCGGUCUACAUUACGAUGGUUGGGGAGGUUUAGUGAACAUCAUACCUUUAAUUUCGAAGACAGACCCACUUUUCUGGAUCGUAUUGCCGGUGUCAAAGGCGGUUCCGGAGAUGAGAGGUGGCGCUCGAGUGUUGGUAACACUUCCCAGGGAAGCGAUGGCUAGGUUCAAGGAAGAGAUGAAGAUGCUUUCUAACUAUUAA